AUGACCUCAGAUGAGCGUCAGUUUUUAUACGAGGCCAUCCUCACACAUGAGGACGUAGAUUUGGCAGUCCAGAAAAUCAACAUGUAUUGCGAACACGCAAGAAGCAUGUUCGAAAAGGACCAUCCAGGCGUAGAUCCAUACAGCCUUGAUGAUAUCAGGAACAAUCCUCCGAAUACGUAUGACAGCUCCACAGAGGCUCCAACCUUGGAGGAAUAUAAGAGCGUUAACAAGAGUCACAUCAACAUCAAGGACUCUAGAACAAGCCACCCGGCUUCUUUUCUCACUCUUACUGGCCACGAAGACAAACUGGUGCUCGAUGCACAUUACGAGAUAGUUCGCAAUAGGAUGGCCGGUGUCAAUGAGAAGAGAGAAUACAUUGAAGGCUCGAACCCAGAUAGCGUAUCGCUAAACCUAGUGGUAUUCAACUGGGGAAAUAUGGAUCGAGCGCCGGUGCCCGCAGGGAAUCCCAAAAAGAAGCUCAAACCUGAGAAGGGAUUCGAUUAUCACCCUCUUAUUGACAUGUGCUUCAACAAUUCAGCUCAUAUUACCCUCGUACUCGAGGCAGGAGCACUUGCGUCAGAGUACUCAAUCGCAACCAUGCGAAAACACGAAUACAGAGGGAUGCUAAUCCACUCUCCUCCCAAGGAGCCUGAGGCACCCUCAAUGUACAUCGGAGUCAAGGGUGACCCAACGACAGACAUCGCUCUCGUCCACCACUUUUACCGUCAUCGAACAAUGAAGCCUAAGAAUGGUGGUACCAAGAAGCGACUGUGGGCAUGCCACGGUGCGGUGUGCCGCCUCACAUUCGGGUACCACAGUACCAUACCAGAGGCAAAAGAAUGGGUCCACCCAAAUUCUGGCCAAAGGAUGACGAGAGACGAGUUCAUGCAGAUUAUCGGAUAUGACCCGCUCAAGGGCAAAAAUCCUGACAAGGAUGGACCCACUGAUGGCUCUUACCUCUCACCAGAGGCGUGCCUGACACUGUCGAACCUCGACCCUCCGCCGAUUCUCUGUGAAUGGAACGGCCAUGUCGAGGGUGAUGAGCCACCAGAGGAAGACUUUGAGACAUACGCAGAGAUCUUCUCACAAGAAGCAUCUAACGAUCUUGACGAGAUGUGGUGUACAAAAGGGCCUUACAAGGUCAUCACCAUCGCGAUCGUCCAUUUCAACUCGUUCAUGACUCAUAAGGAAGAACAGAGACGCGAACUGGUGAACGCGUUCCUCAACGAGAUUCUCCCUUUUAAACCGGAUGUGAUAGCGGGAGAUCUCAAUAAUAUUGCGUCGAGGCUCACCUUAAAAGGUGGAGACGUUCACCCGCGAAACAGUUUGUUUUCUCUAUACCUGGAGAAGAAACUUGCAGCAUUCAACAGAAUAGCAGGAAGGCACUCACAAGUGCGACAUCUUUGCUUGAACAACUCCGACCAGCACAGACUGGCACGUGCAGAUCGUCUACCGGCGGACCCGGCGAAGAAAGUAGCCAUCACAGAUAUGGAAGAUUCUGGGAGUGGCCACAGCCUGAACGUCCCAGCGAGCCUGAAGGUCCUCCUCCAAGAAGGAACAAGAGGACGAAUCCUCCAGUCGGAGAAGAAGAAGGAAGGCAUCGCGUCCACCGUCUGCUCCGAGCGGCAAGGCACUCAGAACAGUGGAGCAAACGCAGAGUCUACCAAGACUGAUGAAACUUCACUUCCAGACUCACUAACCAGUGAGCAAGACUUCUCCGUCUUCAGCAUCACGUGGAAUGUGUUCCUGCUGCUAAUGGGCUUACACUGGAUGUGGAAGCAGAUUACCAGGCGAAAGGAACAGUACCUUCUGAUCCUCCAAGACCAAAAGGUCCUACCAGAAGAGGAGGUCAAAAUCGGCGUAUUCAACGAAAGGCAGCUAGAGAAGCCCACAACAGUGGACUCUGCACCUAUGCAGACGCUGCACUUGACCAAGCCAAUCAAGGAGAUGAAAGUGAAAGAUCAUGGGCGUCCUCAGACGGCAACUCCAGUCAGCUCACAAGCUGCUCCAAAGGCCGAGCCAAAGGCGACAACAUCCAACCAUGGAUAUGAUACUGCAGAUGCCGCCUUCACCAGGGCUGAGAACAGAUUACUCGGAAUCUUUUCAAGUUCCGAAGAAGACCACUCAGACCCGGAUGAGCCACAUCCGAACGUUUACGCUCGUCGAGGUGUCCAGGAUAUGGUGAAAACAGCUCCACCGGGGUACAUCCUCCUGGCGCAGCCAUGCGCGUCUUCUUCCACGGCAUCUGCACCGCAGAGAGCUAGCUCGGAGGUGCAGCCCGCAGUGCCCGCAGGCUCCACUUCGUUCGAUGCUCUGCAGGAGGCGCUGGGCUUGGACGAUCGCUCGGCUAAGCGCCUGGCUGCCCGGCUGCGUUCGCUUCCCAAGGCGGAGCUGAAGAGGCGCCUGCGCGUCCUUCAGGGACCCAGGGGUGCUGAGGACGACGAACCUGCAAGGAAGAGAGGCAGGCCAAAGGCUGCUGCUAGCCAGCCCAACCAGGCCCUGGCUUUGACGAGCAUGGCUGAAGAAGGCGUCCGCGCCGAGGCUUACAUCAUGUCCGAGCCAGAAGUGGAGCUCUUCGGCCUCGCGUGUGGGGACGCUGCGCGAUGCUUAUUGUCAUGGCUGGGCUUAGCUGACCACUGCUGCCUGCGCGCCAGCUCGCGAUCGGCGUCGUCUGUGGUGAGGUAUGCGACUUGGCUACAUUGUCGCACCUUUGUCUAUGUCUCGACCCAGUUCGAACCGCGCUUCCAAAAGUGCAGCGCGCGGGGGCGCGUGCUUCCGCUGCCGCCAGACUCGGUCAGCCGCCGUCUAGUCCGCUUCUUGAGUCAGCCGCAGCAUGCCGCCUUCAUCGAGAGCUUGGACCUGCAGUUUGCCCCAAUCGCGGCCUUGGAGUCGCCGGAGCUUCAUCUGGCCCUGAGGAAUGCCAUGCCACGCUUGGGCUCCGUGCUGCUUCCAACCGGCGGCUGGAGUGCCCCCUGUGAGCGGCAACGCUUGCUCGCCAACCUCGGGGCAUUGGUUUCCGUGAGCUUCGAAGGGCCUGCUCGUGCCAAAGGCGAUGGGACGCUGAAGCGGCUAGCCUACUACGACAAGAAGAAGGAGGCCAGUGACUCCGGCUACCAGCUGCAAGUGUGUGAUGCGCCCUCGGCAUCCGUCGACUCUGCAAACAUGCUCGGGCUGCCUGACUUGAUUCCAAACUGGAAGCGCACCUCCGAGAAGUUGACGUUCUUCUGCGAUGCUUUCGGGUUUAUUUGGUAUGGCCUUGCAGCGGCUGCCUAUGGCAGCCACAAGACUGCCAAAGGUGCAUCCGACGGAUUCGACCCCGACAGCACCGGCGGCUGCACGACAGGCGCUGGGUCCGAAAAGGACCCUGCAAACAACCCAAAAUUCAUGGCCACCCUCAACGACAAGAGCAUCGGAAAAGUGAGCGAGAAGGGCAAGAGGGCUUUGCAGACGGUCGUGAGCACAUUGAAGGUGCAUCUUAUGAGGACAGCGGUGAACCGAGGGGUGGUCGAUGAAAUUCAUGAGUGCAUGAUGGCGAUGCAUGAGAAAUACAAGUCCAGCAAGUGGAGCAGCGAGGCCUUUCGGUCAGCGAACUGCUCCGCUGGGCGUAAUCAGGGCACUCUGCUCAAGAAAUCAGCGCACGUGAAACCAAACGAGGCACUUUCGAAAGAGAAGCCUGGUAUCAUCCUCGAGGGCGGCCCAUGGGCCGUCAGAACUCACUUGUUCGACUCGGCCGUUUUGGAGGAUCUGUUGUUCAAUACGCCGUUUUUCGAGCGUCGCUCGAUAAAACACACGAGCAUGCCCGGGUUGUGUCAGAGGAUGAGGAAGCUCGCGGCGUCUUACGACUACACCGCGUCCCUUGAUUUCGGCGCAUUUGACGGAUCCCUGGGGUCUACCCCGCCUGGAGCACUCCGCACCUCCCUUGCAGCCUUCGAUGCUGAGGAGGCACUGGGAUUGGACGCUUCGGCGGCCAAGCGGCUGGCCGAGCAGCUUCGGUCGCUUCCCAAGGCGGAGCUGAAGAGGCGCCUUCGCGUCUUGUGGGGCAUCGACGGUGCUGAGGACGAACCGGCGAGGAAAAGAGCGCGGCGAAGCACAGCGCAGAAGACAAUGGGGCCCACGAAGCUGGCUAGGGCUAGCAAGGCAUUUGCCCUGAGCAUGACUCCAAGUAGCUCCAGUGGGGAGGCUUACGUCAUGCCCGAGCCAGAGGUGGACAUAUUCGGUCUCGCGUGCGCAGACGCCGGGAGAUGCUUGUUGGUCUGGCUGGGCUUCGCCGAUUGCUGCUGGCUGCGUGCAGCCUCGCGGUCAGCGGCGUCCGUGGUGAGGCCCACACAACCGGCUGCGUCCACGUCGCAGGCUGCGGUGUGA